UGCCCCAACACCUGGGAGGACACUGCCUCUCAAGCUAUUCUAGGAAUCCUCCAGCUUCUUGCUUCGCGACCUCGGUCUCCAUUCCUAGUCUUUCUCUCACUCUCCGCGUCCCGUUUCCUCCCAGCCGACCAAGCUGGACACCACAGUUUCUGUGGAGAAGUUAUUGAAUCCAUUUGCUGAAUUUAUGGAGAAGCUUAAUGAUGGUAGUCAUUCUGAAGAACUCUUUUCCCAUCUUAAAAGUUCACCAGUGAAAAAACAUUUACAAUGUCAUGCCAAUGAUGGACAUAUCAACAGCCUUAAUCAAGACAUCUUAAAUGAAAAGACUAGACUGAAGGCAACACUUAAGGAAGCUGAGCUGGCAGCCUGUUCUGUAGAAUUACUUUUGCCAUUAUUUAAGAACACUGUUGAAGAAAUCAGUUUAGACAAUGCUAACCUUUCUGCAUCCAAUUUGAAGAUUGCUGAACAGAAGGAAAUAUUAACAAAAGAAUUAGAUACUUUUAAGCGUGUUCAACUGGCCUUAGAACAUCUUAGAAAGAUAGACUACAAACAAGCAGGAGACAAUUUAUCCAGCAUGUUGUUAAAGAAUCUAACUGAUAAUGAAAAUGAAAAUGUUAAUCUUAAGAAGAAGGUCCUGGAAAAGGAAAUGUAUAUACAAGAACUUUCAUGUUUGUUUGAGAAUGAAAAGGCUAAUGCUUUGAAAGUAAACCGUUUUUCUCAGUCAGUGAAAGUAGUACAUGAACGACUACAGGCCCAAAUUCAUAAAAGGGAAGCAGAAAAUGAUAAGCUAAAAGACUACAUAAAGAGCAUAGAGAACAAAAUAGCCAAAUGGAAUUUGCAGCUGAGAAUGAAUAAACAAGAGACUGUAGCAGUGAAAGAAGCAAGUCGACAAACAUCCAUUGCUCUAAAAAAGGCAUCGAAAAUUUAUCACCAGAGGCUUAAACAUUUUACUGGAGAUAUUGAACAUCUUACUUCACAAAUUAGAGACCAAGAAGCCAAGUUGUCUGAAACAGUUUCAGCUUCCAAUGCCUGGAAAAGUCGUUAUGAGAAAAUUGUAAUUGAAAAAGCUGAAUUAGAGGUUCAAAUCGAAACAAUGAAAAAGCAAAUCACUGAUCUGUUAGAAGACCUGAAGAAAGUGCAAAACCAAGGGAAAACUUCAUGUGAAGGAAUUCUUAGAAAACUUAAUUCACUUGAAUAUGAAAAUGAAACUCUGGAUCUUGAGAAUACAAAAUUAAAGACUUCACUUGCUGCUUUGAAGGAUGAAGUUGUUUCUGUUGAAAAUGAACUCAUAGAAUUGCAAGAAGUAGAAAAACAACAAAAAGAACUUAUUGAAGUGUAUAAAACUCAGGUAGAAAAGUUGCAGGAAGCAGCUGAAAUUGUAAAAAGCAGAUUUGAAAAACUGCUAAAGGAAAAUAGCCAAAUGCCUAAAAACAAAAAUAAAAAAAUAGAGAAAAUGAGAAGCCAGAUGGAGUCUCAUCUGAAGGAUGUAGACAAUGUCCGAGAUGCCCUGAUGUCAGCUGAACGGAGGCUUCAGGAGUAUCAGGAGAGUCUGCAGCGCUGCAAGGAGAAAUGUGCAAGCCAGGCCCACACCAUUAGGGAGCUACAGGGCCAGUUUGAUGGAAAUCAUAGUCUUCUGACAAAGCUUUCGCUUGAGGAGGAGAAUUAUCUCAUUCAGUUAAAGUGUGAAAACCUUAAACAAAAAUUAGAACAGAUGGAUGCAGAGAAUAAAGAGCUUGAAAAGAAGCUAGAAGACCAAGAAGAAUGUCUUAAGCACGGCAAUCUGAAGCUUCAAGAGAAGUCAGCAGAAUAUACAGCACUGGCCCGGCAGCUGGAAGCUGCUUUAGAAGAAGGAAGACUAAAGGUUUCUGAAGAAAUAGAGAAAAUGUCAUCUAGAGAGAGAGCUUUACAAAUUAAAAUACUAGAUCUGGAAACUGAACUUAGGAAGAAAAAUGAAGAGCAAAACCAACUUGUUUGCAAAAUAAACAAUAAAGCACAAUAUCAGGAAGUAUGUUUGAAAGAAAUACAACAUAGUCUUGAGAAGUCGGAGAAUCAAAAUGAGAGUAUUAAGAAUUAUUUACAGUUUCUUAAAACUUCUUAUGUCACAAUGUUUGGGUAAAUUGUUGAAUCUAUUUUUUAUUCUAGUAUGUUUUGAUUUAUAAGUGUUCGUUCCAAUGUGAAGAUACUUGAAAUCUAAUUUAUUAUCUAACUGAAAUCUAAGAGACAGUAACUAUGUGGGCUUUUUUUUUUCUUAAUUGUUCUCAUUUAACACUGGUUUAACUCCUUUUAAAUUAUAUUUGAUUUUGGAAUGUUUUCUUCAUGUAUGAACAGAAAUCAGAAUCAGUCUUUAAUGUUUUUUCACACCAUUCAAAUGAAUUUUUGAUAAAUUUAGGCUAAAUAUGUGAUUGUAUAUAAUGUAUAUAUUUAUGUUGUGGUGCUAUGUAAAUAUAAUAAAAGAUAAUAUACUG